CCAGGUAUGUCCAUGUUUCUAUGAAACCUUCCGUCUCGGGCACACCCCACGAACACCCCGCUUUCUUCUUCCUCCGGUGUCUCCUAGCCUUUACGCUGCCCAUAAUAUCCGGAUUGGGCAUGCUGGGGCAACUGUAUUCGUUCAUCGCUGGCUAUAACUACGGACGUACUCUCAUGUACUCGGGGUUAUUGGACCGUCCCCUCCGGUUUUCGCUCUACACACACCACACUACCUACUACACAGAACUUUUCUCACCUUUCGCUCACCCUUCACUCUCACUCCCAUAUACAUUAACUCGAAUUGUAAACCGCAAACCUGACAAAAGAAUAUUAAUCUAGAAUC